AUGCUUUCGCUAUUGCUCCAGCCGAUAUCGAUAGCGCACGCGCCGCACGCGAAGCCGGGGGGCGACGACGAUGGCAAAUGCGAGCUCGUGGGCACGUUUUCCUUGCUCACGCAGGCUUGUUUGGGACUCUUGUGCGUGUCGUGCUUGAUCAUUAAGCGAUUUUACGAGUACCCUAUCCGGAGGACGUGGCUGGUGUGGAGCUUUGAUGUGAGCAAGCAAUUGGUAGGCGCGUUGGGUGUGCAUGUUUUCAAUGUCAUUUUGUCUAUGCUCAAGACCACCUCGCUGCAGAUGAUGCUAGCUGCAGCAGAAGAUGGUGGCGGUGGGGAUGCUGAUGGUAGUGAUCUGGAUGAUCCGUGCGAUUGGUAUUUCCUCAAUAUCGUGUUGGACUGCACCAUUGGCGUCUACAUCUUGUAUUUGGUGUUUCGGUGCGUCAACCAUUUGUUGAAGAGGUAUUUCCAGGUGACGCAGAUUGACAGCGGAGAAUACGGCAACGUCAACCACCCGAGCUUUGUUGCGUUCUACAAGCAACUCGCGGUGUAUUUCUCCUCGCUCAUGAUCACCAAGUUUAUCUUGUAUGGCCUCGUUGAGAUUUUCGAGCGGCAGUUGUUGUGGAUCACGAGCAGGAUCUUGCUUGCGUGGCUCGAUGAGUUUCCCGAGAAGUUUGAAAUUUUCAUGGUGAUCUUUGUUAUCCCCAUCAUUAUGAAUUGCUUGCAGUUGAUUUUGAUUGAUAAUUUCAUCCGGGGACAAAUGUGGGUCGAAGGGAAUAAGCUCUUGCGGUUCCGGUUCCCGCAGUGGGACGAGGAGACUGAGAGCGUGCGGCAGCGGGAGAUUGAGCUGGUUAUGCGUGAGGAAGAAGGGAUCGAGGCGGGCAAGGACGAUGAUGAACCGCGUGUUACGAGUACGGGAUACGGUGCGGUUCACGAAUGA